AUGGGGGAGGUGACGGCCGAGGAGGUGGAGAAGUUCCUGGACUCAAAUGUGGGCUUUGCCAGAGAAUACUACAACCUCCGCUACCGGGCCAAGGUCGUCUCAGACCUCCUGGGGGCCAGGGAGACAGCCGUGGACUUCAGCCACUACCACGCUCUGAACAGCGUGGAGGAGAGCGAAAUCAUCUUCGACCUCCUGCGGGACUUUCAGGAGAAUCUGCAGGCCGAGAAAUGCAUCUUCAACGUCAUGAAGAAGCUGUGUUUCCUCCUGCACGCAGACCGCAUGAGCCUGUUCAUGUACCGGGCUCGAAAUGGCAUCGCGGAGCUGGCCACCCGGCUCUUCAACGUCCACAAGGAUGCCGUCCUUGAGGACUGCCUGGUGGCGCCCGACUCGGAGAUCGUGUUCCCCCUGGACAUGGGCGUGGUGGGCCACGUCGCAGUCUCUAAAAAGGUCAUCAACGUCCCCAACACAGAAGAGGAUGAGCAUUUCUGUGACUUCGUGGACACCCUCACAGAGUACCAGACCAAGAACAUCUUGGCUUCCCCCAUAAUGAAUGGGAAGGACGUGGUGGCCAUAAUCAUGGCGGUGAAUAAAGUGGAUGGGCCCUGCUUCACCGAGAGAGAUGAAGAGAUUCUUCUUAAGUAUCUCAAUUUUGCAAAUCUAAUCAUGAAGGUGUUUCACCUGAGUUACCUGCACAACUGUGAGACUCGGCGUGGCCAGAUACUACUGUGGUCUGGGAGCAAAGUCUUUGAGGAGCUUACAGACAUCGAGAGGCAGUUCCACAAAGCCCUGUACACAGUCCGAGCCUUCCUCAACUGUGACAGAUACUCUGUGGGGCUCUUAGACAUGACCAAGCAGAAGGAGUUUUUUGAUGUGUGGCCAGUCCUGAUGGGGGAGGCUCCACCCUACUCUGGUCCCAGGACUCCGGAUGGAAGGGAAAUCAACUUUUACAAGGUCAUUGACUACAUCCUCCAUGGCAAAGAAGACAUUAAAGUCAUCCCGAAUCCACCUCCUGACCACUGGGCUUUGGUGAGCGGUCUCCCCACUUAUGUUGCCCAAAAUGGCCUGAUUUGCAACAUCAUGAAUGCACCUGCAGAGGACUUUUUUGCAUUUCAGAAAGAGCCUCUGGAUGAGUCUGGAUGGAUGAUAAAAAAUGUCCUUUCUAUGCCAAUCGUGAACAAGAAGGAGGAAAUUGUUGGGGUGGCCACGUUUUACAAUCGCAAAGAUGGGAAACCCUUUGAUGAAAUGGAUGAGACCCUUAUGGAGUCUUUGGCUCAAUUCCUGGGCUGGUCUGUCUUAAAUCCUGACACUUAUGAGUCAAUGAACAGACUUGAAAACAGGAAGGAUAUUUUUCAAGACAUGGUCAAAUAUCACGUGAAGUGUGACAAUGAAGAAAUCCAGCAAAUCCUGAAAACCAGAGAGGUGUAUGGGAAGGAGCCGUGGGAAUGCGAAGAAGAGGAACUGGCUGAGAUCCUGCAAGGAGAGCUGCCAGAUGCAGAGAGAUAUGAAAUUAAUAAAUUCCACUUCAGCGACUUGCCCCUGACUGAACUGGAGCUGGUGAAAUGUGGAAUACAGAUGUAUUAUGAGCUCAAAGUCGUGGAUAAAUUUCAUAUUCCUCAGGAGACCCUGGUGCGGUUCAUGUACUCCCUGAGUAAGGGCUACCGCAGAAUCACCUACCACAACUGGCGGCACGGCUUCAACGUGGGGCAGACCAUGUUCUCCUUGCUGGUGACUGGAAAGCUGAAGCGAUACUUCACGGACCUGGAGGCCUUGGCCAUGGUCACGGCUGCCUUCUGCCAUGACAUUGACCACAGAGGUACCAACAACCUCUACCAGAUGAAAUCUCAGAACCCACUGGCCAAGCUCCAUGGGUCCUCCAUCUUGGAAAGACACCACUUGGAGUUUGGCAAAACACUGCUGAGAGAUGAAAACCUGAAUAUCUUUCAAAACCUCAAUCGCAGGCAGCACGAGCAUGCAAUCCACAUGAUGGAUAUCGCGAUCAUUGCUACAGACCUCGCUUUGUAUUUCAAGAAGAGGACAAUGUUCCAAAAGAUCGUGGAUCAGUCUAAAACAUAUGAGACUCAGCAGGAGUGGACACAGUACAUGAUGCUGGAGCAGACACGGAAGGAAAUCGUUAUGGCCAUGAUGAUGACCGCCUGUGAUCUCUCAGCCAUCACCAAGCCUUGGGAGGUGCAGAGCAAGGUGGCUCUGCUGGUUGCUGCCGAAUUCUGGGAACAAGGUGACCUGGAGCGCUCCGUGCUGCAGCAGAACCCCAUUCCCAUGAUGGACAGAAACAAGGCGGACGAACUCCCCAAGCUGCAGGUCGGCUUCAUUGAUUUCGUCUGCACCUUUGUCUACAAGGAAUUCUCCCGCUUCCACGAGGAGAUCACUCCCAUGCUGGAUGGGAUCACCAACAACCGCAAGGAAUGGAAAGCACUUGCUGAUGAGUACGAGGCCAAGAUCAAGGAGCUGCAGGGGGAGAAGGAGAAAGACCAGGCACCCAAACAAGGAAAUCAGCCCGGGGGGAAACCCAGUUCGGGCGCUGCAUCCAAGUCCUGCUGCAUCCAGUAGCCCCAGCGGGGAUCUGCCGGCCAGGACGGCCCCACCCUCCACGGGAGAAGAGAACCCAAGCCAGUGGAGAACCAC